CCCUCCCCGUGAGCGGAGCGCUCCGCUCACAUGCACAUGCAUGCCCAUCCCCUCCUUCCCUUCCUUCCCAGUCUCAUCUCACAGUCCCAGAUCCCAGUCCAGCCCCACCUCUUAAAAUCCAGACCAAACCCGAACGCUACAGGAAAACACACAGGCGCAGCCGCAGCAGCAGCAGCAGCCGCCGCCGCCUGCGCGCCCUAUCUACAGCUCCUCCCCCAAUCCCUGGCCCUGCCCGGCCACUCCAGCGCCCAAUGCAGCAGCCCAAACCCGCCGAUCCGCCGGGCCGCCCCUUCCCGCCGCCUUCCCCGUCGAUGGCGGCGGCGGCCACGGCCAUGCGCGGGGCGCACCACCGCCGCGCCAGAUCUGAGGUCGCCUUCCGCCUCCCGGACGACCUCGACAUCGGCGGUGGCGCCGACGGCGACGGCUCCGCGGGCUUCGACGAGAUCGGCUCCGAGGACGACCUCUUCUCCACAUUCAUGGACAUCGAGAAGAUCUCCUCCGGCCCCGCCGCGGGCUCAGACCGCGACCGCGACCGCGCCGCUGAGACCUCCUCCCCGCCGCGCCCCAAGCACCGCUACAGCAGCUCCGUCGACGGCUCCGGCCUCUUCUCCGCUGCCGGCAGCGCUGCGCGGAGGGACGCCGGUGCCGCCCAAGCGCUGGCCGAUGUCCUGGAGGCCAAGAAGGCCAUGUCCCCCGAGCAGCUCGCCGAGCUCGCAGCCAUUGACCCCAAGCGCGCCAAAAGAAUUCUAGCAAACAGGCAAUCUGCGGCUAGAUCAAAAGAAAGGAAGGCUCGUUAUAUGACAGAACUUGAGCGGAAGGUUCAAACUCUUCAGACUGAAGCGACCACUCUCUCAGCUCAGCUCACGCUAUUUCAGAGAGAUACAACUGGGCUUUCUUCAGAAAAUGCAGAGCUCAAGAUAAGGUUGCAGGCCAUGGAGCAGCAGGCUCAACUGCGUGAUGCUCUGAAUGACGCACUGAAGCAGGAAGUGGAGAGGCUCAAGAUGGCUACGGGUGAGAUGUCAAAUUCCAGUGAUGCAUAUAGCGUGGGAUUGCAACAUGUCCUAUACAACUCGUCCUUCUUCCCACAGUCCCAGCAAAACACAGCCCAGCACCAGGGGGGCGCCCGGUUUCCACCCCCAUUCCACCCACCUCAUCCUAAUGUACCAAACCAUCAGAUGCUAUCCCACCCAAACACGCUGUCAGAUAUCAUGCAACAAGAUCAUCUUGCGCGGCUCCAGGGUUUGGACAUCAGCAAAGGGCAUCCAGUUGUGAAGUCAGAGAGCAGCUCGAUCUCUGCCAGCGAAAGCAGCAGUACAUUCUAACCAUGCCUACGCCUACCCUGAUCGAGCCCUCAGUUUCAUUAGGUUCCUUUGUUCAUAGCCUCUGACAUCCUUGUGCUGUUUCUGGUCCUGUAAACUUAUUUUUUCAUUCCAUUUGUUCCAUUUUAGUUGAAAUUCGUUGUAAUCUCAGUUGCUGAUUUUUGUAGACACAAUCCCUGGGUUCCUCCCACCCGUUUGUUCCGGGUUCAUUUUCUGCGUGCGUGAUAGGUUGUUUGGGAUUAUAUUGGGGAACUGGGAGGGGCUUCCUCCCAGAAUACCGUGUUGCUGUUGUUGGGACUGACUAUUUUUGCGUCAGAACAGUUUGAAUUUGUGAUGUUCAUCA